UCCUCUGAAUGCGCACGCUUCUCGCUGCAGUUGCGUUUCCGUGUUAGUAGAGUGCAGAGACGCAGAAGAAGACGGAGGUAUUGACAGCAACACCAAAUUAUAAAUACAUAAAUAAUUGUUACAAAGUACCAAUUCGACCUACAUCAGCAACAACAAGGUGGCCUCAUAUUUUGACAUGGAGACUGCAGUGACAACACUCUUUAACAUGUGAGAUUUACAGAAUACACCGAAGAGAGCGAGUGUGCGUCUGUGUGGCUGUUUCCCCAUUGUGCGUAUUAUUGGUUGUUGGUGUCAUUUUCGUGGUUCAUAUUCGUCUUUGUGUUUUGGUGGGAAGAAAAUGAAGAAGUUUAACAUCAGGAAGGUGCUGGACGGCCUGUCGGCGGUCUCCUCCUCCUCCUCUUCUCAACCUGGAAACAGGGACAAUGACAUCCACGAGACCCUCCAAUCCGAACACUUCCAGCUCUGCAAGACGGUCCGUCAUGGAUUCCCCUAUCAGCCUUCCGCUAUGGCUUUUGAUCCUGUGCAGAAAAUCUUGGCCGUCGGGACCCAGAAUGGAUCUUUGAGGCUCUUUGGCCGCCCAGGAGUCGAGUGCUACUGCCAGCAUGACAACGGAGCAGCGGUGAUCCAGCUCCAGUUCCUGAUUAAUGAGGGAGCCCUCGUGAGUGCCUUGGCAGAUGACAGCAUUCACCUCUGGAACCUGCGGCAAAAACGACCGGCCAUUCUUCAUUCCCUCAAAUUCAACAGGGAGCGGAUAACAUUUUGCCAUCUGCCUUUCCAGAGUAAAUGGUUUUAUGUUGGCACCGAAAGAGGAAAUAUUCACAUUGUCAAUGUGGAGUCCUUCACCCUCUCAGGCUACGUCAUUAUGUGGAAUAAAGCCAUUGAACUGUCAUCCAAGGCCCACCCAGGGCCAGUCGUCCACAUAAGUGAUAAUCCAAUAGACGAAGGAAAGCUUCUAAUUGGGUUCGAGUCUGGAACAGUAGUUUUAUGGGACCUCAAGUCAAAGAAAGCAGACUACCGAUACACAUACGAUGAGGCUAUCCACUCUGUUGCUUGGCAUCAUGAAGGAAAACAGUUCAUAUGCAGCCAUUCAGAUGGCAGUUUGACCAUAUGGAAUGUAAGAUCCCCUGCCAAGUCUGCACAGAUAAUCACGCCACAUGGUAAGCAGCCAAAGGAUGGAAAAAAGCCAGAACCCUGCAAACCUAUCCUGAAAGUGGAAUAUAAAACAACCAGGGCUGGAGAUCCAUUCAUGGUUCUGUCAGGGGGCCUGUCAUACGAUACUGUAGGAAGAAGACCGUGUUUAACAGUAAUGCAUGGAAAGAGCACUGCUGUACUAGAAAUGGAUUAUCCAAUUGUUGAUUUUCUAACGCUGUGCGAAACGCCAUAUCCUAAUGAUGUUCAGGAACCGUAUGCUGUAGUGGUCCUUCUAGAAAAGGAUUUAGUAGUUAUUGAUCUUGCUCAAAAUGGUUACCCAAUAUUUGAAAACCCUUAUCCUCUGAGUAUACACGAAUCCCCUGUUACUUGCUGUGAAUACUUUGCUGACUGCCCUGUGGACCUCAUUCCUGCACUUUAUUCAGUUGGGUCAAGGCAGAAGCGGCAAGGAUAUAGUAAAAAGGAAUGGCCUAUCAGUGGUGGUAACUGGGGACUUGGCUCACAAAGCUAUCCAGAAAUAAUUAUCACUGGGCAUGCAGAUGGAUCAGUAAAAUUCUGGGAUGCCUCUGCAAUGAUGCUACAAGUACUGUACAAGCUGAAGACAGCCAAGGUGUUCGAUAAAUCUCGGAACAAGGAUGAUAAGCCCAACACAGAUAUAGUAGAUGAGGACCCCUUUGCCAUUCAGAUCCUGUCCUGGUGCCCAGAGAGCAGGAUGUUGUGUGUUGCUGGAGUCUCCGCCCAUGUUAUCAUCUAUAAAUUCAGCAAACAGGAAGGGACGACGGAAGUUGUGCAGCUACUAGAAGUUCGGUUACAGUAUGAGCUCAACGAUGUUGAAUCUCCAGAAGGUGACCAGGUCCCAUCCCUGCCGACCCCUGGGGCUACUUCCAGCUCCCAGCCACCCGCACCCCAGUCCCAGCCCUCCACCAGCAGCAGCUCUUCCGACGGCAUUCGGGACAACGUGCCCUGCCUCAAAGUACGAAGCACUCCACUCAAACAGUCCGCAGGCUACCAGGUGGAGCUGGUUAUUCAGCUGGUCUGGGUCAGCGGGGAACCUCCACAACAAAUAACCAGUCUUGGAGUUAACUCAUCAUGUGGGCUUGUGGUUUUUGGAAAUAGUAAUGGCCUUGCAAUCGUUGACUACCUUCAGAAGACUGUUCUUCUUAACCGUGGGAUAAUCGAGUUAUAUGGAUCCAAUGAUCCUUAUCAAAGACAGCCAAGAUCUCCUCGCAAAACACGGCAACCGUCUGGAGCAGGUCUUUGUGAUAUUAAUGAAGGAUCCACAACUUCAGAAGAUCGAUGCAAAUCGCCAACUUCAGGUUUUACUUCGCCAUGCAAUUCUGAUGAUGACCAAAAAGUGCCUAAUUUUCUAGAAAGGGUGAAGACCAAAAGCAGAAUGUUUUCCAAGACGAUAGUCUGUGAUCUAGUGGUGAUGACUAACCAUCAACAUUUCUACAAUGGAGGAGGUAGAGGAGGAGCAAAGAUGUCACGGAAAUUAAGCUUGCCUACUGAGCUAAAGCCAGACUUGGAUAAAGGAUUGAGACAUCGUCAUUCUCAUCUGUUUAAGAAGCAUUUUUCUAAUGUGGAUGUACAAAAAGCAAAAGUUCAGAAAGAAGGACUGUCCAGGACUCGCUCAUCCCCCCGUUUCAAUAUCAGAGACAGCUCGUUCAGUCGCUCGCGAAGCUCCAGUGUAACGAGCAUCGACAAAGAGUCCCAGGAGGCCAUCACAUCAUUCCAGUUUUGUGAGACCUUCACACGGAAAACCGAUAGUUCCACUGUUCCAAGCCUGUGGGUGGGCACUACCCUGGGCACGGUGCUGGUUUUCGUACUGAACCUCCCGCCCGCAGGAGAACAGAGGCUUCUCCAGCCUGUCAUCAUUUUGCCCAGUGGUACAUUAAUAAGACUGAAAGGGGCUAUUUUGAGGAUGUCAUUUCUAGACUCAACGGGAGCGUUGUAUCCUCCAGCCUGCGAGCCCUGGCGUGAGCCCAACGCCCCCAACGAUAAGGAUGAAAAGGACAAGUUAAGGAAACGACGGCCUGUGUCCGUUUCCCCAUCAGCCUCUCAGGAAAUCAGUGAAAACCAGUAUGCAGUGAUCUGUUCAGAAAAACAAGCCAAGGUUAUCGCACUGCCAUCCCAGAACUGCAUAUAUAAACACAAUAUCACAGAGACUUCUUUUGUUCUCCGGGCUGACAUGGUGCAAAUGAGCAACAGCAUCUGCCUUGCCUGUUUCUGUGCUAAUGGACAUAUCAUGACUUUAAGUUUGCCAAGUCUAAGACCGCUGUUGGAUGUAAAUUACCUGCCCCUGACCGAUAUGCGGAUAGCCAGAACUUUCUGCUUUACCAACAACGGACAGGCUUUAUAUCUCGUCUCACCCACUGAGAUGCAGCGAAUAACCUACAGCCAAGACAUGUGUGAGAAUUUGCAGGAGAUGUUGGGAGAGCUGUUCACACCAGUAGAAACACCCGAAGCACCAAACAGAGGUUUCUUUAAAGGGCUAUUUGGAGGUGGCGCACAAUCGCUGGACAGAGAAGAACUUUUUGGUGAAUCAGUGGCUGGGAAGGCCUCUCGGAGUCUUGCCCAACAUAUCCCUGGCCCAGGGGGCAUAGAAGGGAUGAAGGGAGCAGCGUCUGGGGUCGUGGGGGACCUGGCCCGAGCCAGGAUAGCUCUAGAUGAGAGGGGACAGAAACUUGGAGAGCUGGAUGAGAGGACAGCAGCCAUGAUGGCCAGUGCUGAAUCAUUCUCAAAACACGCACACGAUAUGAUGCUGAAGUACAAAGAUAAGAAGUGGUACCAGUUCUGAUUUAAAAGGAAAAAAAAGACUGUGGUAAUGUAAACAGCUUCAUCUGGAAGAAACGUGUCCUUCUCCCUCCAUUUAUUUCUGCAGGAAAAGGGGGAUUCAUCAUGGAGUACUGCUCUUUCCUAGCACAAUAUCAUACACUGUUUCACCUCAGUGAUGUGGCUUGAAACUGAGGAGCAUACUGAAAACAAAAACUAUAUAAAGGUGUUUUUUCUGGGUUUUUUUUUUUUUUUUUUCUGUGGCGGCUGAGGAUUGGUGUAGUGUAAGGAUCUGGAGUGGGAAACAAGGACUAAUGGAUGGGUGUGGGGGGGAGGGCAGCGCUGGGUUUUAUCAUGUGUUUCAGUUUCAUAUGCCAAACAUUUUGUGCUGUUGUCUCUGCUGCCAGUUUCAUCCUCUGUUUAUAUAUAUAAACACAAAAAAAGUUAAAAAUGAA